AGUUCGCAGUGGAUCCUACGUAACGGUUAACGCCAGCUCAUUGGAUACCAGCGUCGGGUUCAAUGUGUGACGACGUCACUUGUUUGUCCAGGAUCACGUGACAUUGCCGAACCCGGAAGUAAUGUCACAACCGAUAGAUGUGCGCUAGUUCGUGUUGUUUUGGGGCGAUUCGGGAAUGACUUGGAGCUGAACGGUGACAUGACAGUCGGAGCGGGAGGUGAGGUGAAACUUCAGCUAAGAUGACGUGUCGGGAAACGCACCUCUGCGGCGGCGGUAACGUCCAGGUUCUGUUGCUCGGCUUGUUCUGCUGCUGCUGUGGACUCGCCCCAGAUGUGUCUGCCUGUAAACAAGAGGCAGAGACCCCGGACUGGAGGAUGACGCUGAAAACCAUCCGGAACGGCAUUCAUAGAAUCGACACGUACCUGAACGCAGCACUGGACCUGUUCGGCGGACACGACGGGCUCUGUCGGUACCGAUGCAGCGAUGGAUACAAGCCGAUGCCUCGUCCCGGCUACAAGCACCCCCCGCCCAAUGGAUGUGGCUCCCCGCUGUUUGGAUUUCAGUUUGAUUUUGGGAUUCCCUCCAUGACCAAAUGCUGCAACCGGCACGACCGCUGCUAUGAUACCUGCGGCCAAGAGAAACACGACUGCGAUGAGCAGUUCCAGGACUGCCUGGAGACCAUCUGCAGGAACGUGCAAAGGACUCUGGGAUUGGCCCAGAGUGUCCAAGCGUGCGAGUCGGCGGUGACCCUCCUGUUCGACGCCGUCAUGCACCUGGGCUGCAAGCCGUACCUGGACAGCCAGCGGGAGGCGUGCGUGUGCCAGUAUGAAGUGAAGAAGGAGCUGUGACCGCCAGCGAGCUCAGAGACUCUGAAACCCGCAGCCCGCAAAUAAACUUUUCUUAAAACGUGUAGAUUUUCUCAGGGAUGCAGCCUCUUUGGCUAAAACUAGAACUAACUGUGCAAUGCAAAGAAUGAAUGUAAAAAAAAAAAAAAAUCUUCUUUCUUUUAGGUGGCAACUAAUGUUUGUCUCUGUGCGAUCCACUAUUUAUAUAUUUUGAUAAAAACGGUUAGCAGCGAGAGUCCUGUGAUGAUAUUUCAUUCAUGCUCUGGCAGGAACGCAACAUUUUAACAAACAUCACUAAAUUAAGGUUUUUACAGUGUUUAAAGGUCAGCUCACAGUGCAACACAAGCAAUAAAGCUCACAUGAACAUCCUGCAAC